CUUCCUCACAGAAGAGCCUGUCGGAGUUUGCUUUAGUUUCCCAACUUCGUUUUCGGGCUCCUGAGUUAGUUAGAGGUGUUAGAGAUGGCGAGUCUGUCCUUUGUGAUCCCUAUGGUGGUGAUGACAGUAUUUUGGGGGAUAGUCGGUGGGGUUAUACCAUGGUUCAUUCCCAAAGGACCCAACAAGGGGGUCAUUGUUACCAUGCUGGUGUUGACGGCUGUCUGCUGCUACCUGUUUUGGCUGAUUGCUAUUCUGGCCCAGCUGAAUCCUCUGUUUGGACCAGCACUGAAGAGUGACACAAUUUGGUACCUGCAGUUCCAUUGGCCUUAGGUUAUGGGCAGUAGAGCUCACUCUUUCAGACAAAGAAGCUUUGUUCACUACUAGGCUGUACUUGCAAUCCUGUCCUUAUAACGGAAAAUUUCUUUUUAAAUUUGAUGCCUUACCAACAGAGCAAUGUGACUUCAGAAGACAGCAAGGGAGGAGAAGUAGUUGUGGUAGUAGUGAUCAAUUCAGUCCCUGAAAAUAUUAAUCUAUAGAUAUACUAGGCUGGUAAAUGUAAAUUGUUUUCUUUGAUUUUGUUUUCUGUGUUGUACUGUGUACCCAAUGUGUCUCAGACAUUAAGCCUCUAGCUUUUUUUUUCCCCUCGCUCAUUCUGUGCCUUUGCUAUUCAGGACCAACUGCAUUGUGAAAAUUAAUAUUUAUUUACCAAUUCUUGUGUGCUCCUUCAGUCUCUUUGUGUGCUGCAUUUUUACUUAUGUGAUUGAACUGUGUUUGAGUUCUGUUAUUACAAUUAAACAGUUGACAGCC